CUUUGUCAUAGUAGCGUUCGUAAAUUUCCGAGUUGUGUUCAAGUCUCCUACCACUCUAGAUACUUUAACUGCAAAGUUCAACACGUCUACACCUACAAAAGCCACAACUGUACACAAGAAUACACAAAAGACGAUGAAAUGAGAGAUUAUACCAAGAAAGCGAUGGCUGGACCGAGGCCGGUGGUCAUGACUGGACCCUCUGGGGCUGGGAAAAGCACACUGCUCAAGAAACUGCUUAAGGAGUUUGAUGGUGUAUUUGGCUUCAGUGUUUCCCAUACAACACGAAGCCCCCGUCCAGGAGAGGAGAAUGGUAAAGAUUAUCAUUACGUGACCAGAGAAGUUAUGCAGGCAGCCAUAGCAAAUGGGGAAUUUAUUGAAAAUGCUGAAUUUUCUGGGAACAUGUAUGGAACGAGUAAAGCAGCUGUACAGGCUGUUCAGGCCAAGAAUUUGAUUUGUAUUUUGGACAUUGACAUGCAGGGCGUGCAGAACAUCAAGAGAACAGAUCUUAACCCAAUCUAUGUGUCCAUCCAGCCUCCAUCAAUGGACAUCCUGGAAAAAAGAUUAAGAGACAGAAAAACUGAGUCUGAGGAGAGUCUACAAAAGCGUUUACAUGCAGCAAAAGUUGACAUGGAAAUAAGCAAAGAGCCGGGUUUAUUUGAUUUGGUCAUCAUUAAUGAUGAUCUUGACAUGGCUUACGGCAAAUUAAAAGAUGCUCUUCUUGAGGAAAUCCAGAAGGUCAAAGACACCAACAAGGCUUAGAUGAAAACCUACAUGCUAACCACAGCAACCUCUCCAUUCACUUCCGUCACUAUCAUAGUUUUCAGAUCAGCACAUUCCACCCAGGGAAGAUUUAAUUAACUCCAACAGCAGCAGAAUGUAAAAUGCAUUCACUUAUUUAAAGGUACAGGCUAAUGUUAAAUUCCAUGUUGAAUAGAAAAUAGCUGAAUGGCUGAAAUGACUCAAGUCUUUCUUUGAAACAGGUUUGUGUUUUGACAUUUUUUUUAUUGAAGGACGAGACAAUGCACAGUUCAAAUUGCAGACUUGAGAUGUCUAUCAUUUUGAUUAAUUUAUUUUAUACGUUUUUCCACGCUGAUUAUGUUUUAUGGUAACCUGUCAUAGUUACUGCUGCAUACACAUGAAUAAGCAGUUUUCUAUUCACAAUAUUUACAAAAUUCAGAGCAUUAUACCUGUGCUUAUAAGUCGUGCAAAGGUUGUUUUUUUCUUAACUAAUAACUCAUUCUUUAUUAAUGGUAAUGGUUGUGUCCCUUUUGCUUUGCAUAAUUGUGUAUCACAUGCAUAUUACAUCCAACUUUGUUCAUAUUUAAGUGAAUAAUUGUCCAUAAUUAUAACUUGUACCUUGUUUACCAGCUCUGAGAGUUUUAUAAAGAGUUAAAUGCUAAUGUAGGCAUUGUUUUUUGUAUAGGGCAUCUUAUAAACACAGCCAUAAUUCGUGUAGCACCAUAGUAAGUCUUAAGAAACAUUAUGUUGAGAUGUGUGCUGUUAUGUACAUAUGGAAAGCUUUUAGUCUCAUAUGGUCGAUGCUGGCUUGUUUGCUGCGCUUUCAUAGAUUUUCAGAUGCAUCAAGUCUUUCUAAUGAGUCUAAUGUCUGAAUUAAAUGUGUACUUAAAAUAGUUUGGAAACCAAAAUGUACAACCUUUUAAAAACAUAGUUUGUAUAGAGUGGAUCCCACUUGUGGAGGUCACAUUUCAACUCUAAAUCAAACAAUAUUUUCUUUUAAAAAAAUAUAAUUUAAUUUUGGUUUGAUUUGGGGGUCAAAUAUGAUUUUAUUUUAAUUUUUUUUAUUGUUAUUAUUAAUUUAUUGUAUUUUUUAACAAACUACAAAACACUGACAGUUCUAUUUGCCCAAAUGUGUCCUUGUGAAUUUGUUACACACUUCUGUUUAUUACAAAACUAUACAUUUAUUAUAAUAAAAGUGCCUGAUGCUGAAAAACAGACCUAGUUAUAGAUCAUAAAAGAUCUUUAAUUUGAUCAAAUAGGCAUCAAUGAUCAAAUCACUGUAUCUUUUGCCAUGUAUGGCAAAAUCUCACUGUCCACCUAAUUUAUUAAUGUAUGGAUUGACUUUAAAAUGUGUUUUUGUAUCUAACUAGCACAUACACACUGUGGCUGAAGUUGAGCAGAAGUGAGGUUGCCAUCUCCUUCAAGUUUUAGUUUCUCUCAAACCUUGAAGUACUGUGUACAUUACCCAUCAGUUGCGUUACAAUUUGUUCAGGGAGCAUAAUUAUGAUGUAAUAUGUAAAUUUUGAUGUAUAGACAAAAAUUAAAAAGUUUAUCAAAAUGGAAUAAAGGUUUUCAUAAAAUGGCCAAAUUUAAGUAAAACAAAUUACCUGAAGCCAGCUGUUUUUGAAUUCCAUAAUGAUCCGUGUAUGUGUUGUCAAUCAAAUUCUAAUGAUGUAAUUAUUGCACAUUACACUACAAGUGUGCAUCGAUUAAUUUUUACAGCUAAAGAUGUCUAGUUUUGUGUUUGGCUUGAAAGUAAGACUUCUCUAGGGUUUGUUACUUCUGUAUAAAACUGCAGAACUUUAUCUCAGUUUCAUCUCAUUCCUUUGUGCAUCUACAAACAAUUCCUUAAGCUGUGUUAGAGAGAAACCUGUCAAACAUUUUGUGGUAUAUAUGAAAUCUGUUUGAGAAAUGCAUUUCUAAACAUUGUUUUAAUUUUUAUUCUAGAACUACUAAUAUGUACCGUGUAAGUGUAAUAAAACUACACUAUUACA